AUGGGCGCAUGCCAAUCUUGUCUCGGCCUUCGACGACGGGAGGAUCACGAGUCCGAGCAUGCGCGCCUCAUAGACGACGACCUUUAUCCCGGCAGCUACGGCUACGGCUCCAUAAACAAUGCGAAUGCGCAACAACAUGACCCUGAAGAUCUCAAGCGUGAGAGAGAGGCUCUGGAGGCGAUUUGUCAACGGGCUUCGGAUACGGUAAUCGAUAUCUGGGCGCUUCAGUCCCAGCCCAACUUCCAGCCUCGCGCAACACUACCUAGCACCGAGUCACAGGGCUCAUCGCGCGUACCAAGCAAUGAGAUACGAAAUGACGACGUCGAGCACAACGACAACGAACAAAUCAGACAAGGGGCUACUAUAUCAUCACGACCAUCAUCAUCCUCGAAUAUUGGCGGGAGKGGKGGKAGUCAAAACCAAAAACAUAUAGCGCCUGUACCGAAUAAUUGGGGCGAGGUCGUGAUUUCGCCGCGACGGAAGAAGGGGAAUAAAAACAAUAAUAACAAUGCUGGCGAUGGGGAUAUUUUUGGGGUUUUGAAGGUUAAUUAG